CAGUGUUACAAUGAAAUACUUAUAUGCUCUACGAGUGUUUCAGUGAGUGCAAAGUGCUUUACCGAGAGUGAUUUCGUGCCCCCCAUGCAAGUGUUUUGUAAGCGCGAAUUAGAAAACUCUGUUAGCGUGUUGGUGGAUUAGCCAAUAAAAUAGUGUUUAAGUGAGAGUGAAGAAGUGUGUCUUACCGUUCAUGACUUAACAGAUAAGUGCUUCACUGUGUUACAAAUAGGAUGACACUUUGUAUGCUAGUGGGUUCAUACUGUAAAGCCAUAAAGUUUCGGUGAAAGCGAUUUAGUGCAUGAAACAGUUGAACUCUUAUUAUAGAAUAUGGACCUACAUCAAAUGUUUCAGUAACGAUAACUUAUUGUGUGUUACUGGAUUUGUACGGACAGUGUUUCAGUGACGAUGAUUUAUUGUGUGUUAAUAGUGACUACGUGAUAUCUUUAGCUUUUCAGGGAAAAACUGCUCCACAGUGUCAAAGCGAAGUGGCGCAUUGUGUUAGUGGAUUAGUGUGGACAGUGUUUUGCUGACGAUGAUUUAUAGUGUGUCAGUGGAUUUGUGAGGACUGUGAUUCAGUGAUAAUGUAUGGUGUUGGUGGAUUAAUGCUGAUUAUGUUUCUGUGACGAUAACUUAUUAUGUCUUGAUGAAUGUGAAUUAGUGUGGGCGGUAUUUCAAUGACGGUGUCUUACUGUGCAUUAAAUUGAUAAGUGCGGACGGUAUUCCAAUGACGAAGACUUAUUGUAUGCUAGUGGAUUAGUACGGGCAGUGUUUCAGCGUUUGCUAGUGGAUUAGUGCGAACAGUGUACUAGUGACGAUGGCUUAUUGUGUGACAGUGGAUUAGAACGGGCAGUGCUUCAGUGUUUGCUAGUGGAUUAGUGCGGGCAAUGUACAAGGGACGGUGACUUAUUGCGUGUCAGUGAAUUACUGCAGGCAGUGUACCAGUGACGAUUACUUAUUGUGUGUCAGUAAAUUAGUACGGGCAGUGGUUCAGUGUUUGCUAGAUGAUUUGUGCGUAUAGUGUACCAGUGACGAUGACUUGUAGUGUGUUAGUGGUUUAGUAUGGACAGUGCUUCAGUGUUGGCUAGUGGAUUAGUGCGAGUAGUUAAUCAGUGACGAUGACUUAUUGUGUAUUAGUGGAUUAGUAUGGGCAGUGUUUCAGUGUUUACUAGUGGAUUAGUGCGGACAGUGUACCAGUGACAAUGACUUGUUGAGUGUUAGCGUAUUAGUACGGGCAGUGGUUCAGUGUUUAAUAGUGGAUAACUGCGGGAAGUAUAUCAGUGACGAUGACUUAUUGCGUGUCAGUGGAUUAGUACGGACAGUGCUUCAGUGUUUGCUAGUGGAUUUGUGCGAGCAGUUAACCAGUGACGAUGACUUAUUAUGUGUUAGCGGAUUAGUACGGGCAGUGCUUCAGUGUUUACUAGUGUAUUAGUGCACAGUGCUUCAGUGUUUGCUAGUGGAUUAGUGCGGGCAGUUAACCAGUGACGAUGACUUAUUGUGUGUUAGUGGAUUAGUACGGACAGUGCUUCAGUGUUUACUAGUGGAUUAGUGCGGACAGUGCUUCAAUGUUUGCUAGUGGAUUAGUGCGGGCAGUUAACCAGUGACGAUGACUUGUUGUGUGUUAGUGGAUUAGUACGGGCAGUGUUUCAGUGUUUAUUAGUGGAUUAGUGCGGACUGUGUGUCAGUGACGAUUACCAAUUGUGCGUUAUGUGACGACGUGGAGCCGGCAGUGUUACAGUGACGAUGACUUUAUGUGUUAGUGGAAUAAUGUGUGUAGUAGGUGAAGGUGAUUCAGCGGAUCAUUACGAUUUGUGCGGACUGUACAACCGCGUGGAUCGCACACCUUUCGCUCGUACGAUGUAAAUACACAACAAACGGGGUCCGCGCUCAGCUGUUGGCGAAGUCAAGCAACCCGCGAUCGCUCGCUCGCGCAGCCAGUGCGGCGUCAUUUGUUCAUGGCACAUUUGUGGAUCGGUGGUGCGCAUGCUCGCGUUAAACGCGAUCGCGCAUCAAUACGCGAGCGUACGUUGUGGUGCCAGUUGGCCAGUUCGUGGUCGGCGGACAGACGUUGCGUAUCGUGUAGGGUCGCGCGCGCGCAGCCUUCUUUGUCUUCUAUUUAUUGUUAUUAUUAUUAUUAGCAUUAUCAUCGCCAUCAACAUUACCACAACGCUGUGCUUUCAGUCGUCACGAUACUCUUUUUCGGCCGCAAGUACUAUGAGCAUCGCUGUUUUGAUCGAAGCUGCCGAGUACCUGGAGAGACGAAAUAGAGAAUUUGAACAUGGUUAUGCUUCUUCUUUGCCCAUUCCGGACCACCUUAAAACAAUCACGAAGAGGCCAAAAGCGAAAAAAUCCCAAGGAAACAGAACUUCUCACAACGAACUGGAAAAAAAUAGACGAGCCCAUCUUAGGAAUUGUCUAGAGAAACUAAAAGAUAUUGUGCCAUUAGGUCCUGAAGCCUCACGGCACACAACGCUAGGACUACUAACAAAAGCCAAGAGGUUUAUUAAGAAUCUGGAGGAGAAAGAACGAAGGAGUUAUCUCCAUAAGGAGCAACUAUGUCGUGAACAAAGGUACCUGAGAAGAAGACUGGACCAGCUGUCGGUGCAGCAUCAAGCCCUCUACAAACGUCGUUCCGUGUCCGAAUGUUCGACGUCUACGGUGUCGAGCAGCGUUUCGAACACGUCGUCGACACCCUCUUCGAUGGAAUCGCCUAUAUCCGAAUCCGACGAGGUUGACGUGAUCGGUUAUACUAGUACCCAAAGUGACACGGACGACCAAAGCGUGCGGUCUGGGUCAAGUGACAGUGGCGUCGCGAUGUCUACCAGGCGUCUAGGACUCACCCUAUCCGAAAUGGAGGUGCUGUAGGCACCGCAAAAGGGGGGCAUGAAAGAUGCAGGGGGCCGAGGACGCGUCCAGGGCCAUCUCACAUACAUACCUACAUAAGCAUAUAAAAAAAAUAUAAAUAAAUACAAUACAUAGUAAAAACAAAAAAAAAUAUCGUCUCGUCGUCGUUUGUCGUCUGUUUCGGUAUAAUAUGUAGGAUUAUAUUAUACCGUCGACCAUCAGCAGUAGGAGCAGCACCGACGAUACUUCUACUACCUACCACCACUCCUGUCACCCCAAGUAAGUAAUACUUCUUCUACUCUUACUUCUACUUUUCAACGCGUCUGAAGACUAGUCAUGGAACAGCGUGUCUCAUUAUGCCACCCACUUGGAGCGCAAAUAAUAUAAAAAUAUGAUUAAUAAUAAUAAUAAUAAUUAUUAACGAACGGAACUAUGAAAAAAAAAAAAACUAAAAGAGAGAGUAAAAAACUUUGUCGUAUUCACUUUAUAAAUUAUUUAUGUAUAUUGUAUAUACUUUAUCCAAUUAAUUAAUUAAUUAGUACCUAAAAAGAAGAUGUAUCACGUUUAAUAUAUAUGUACAUACAUAUUUGAUUUCGGUUCGGAUAGACGACGAACGCAACGUGAAUGUGAUAUUUUUUUGGUCGAAAACGAAACACAAAAAUAAAAAAAACACAAACGAAACAAUCGAAAAGGAGCAAUAAUUUUUGUUAUUAUCGUAACAGUGGAGCGGCGAAUCGUAAAACAAUUGCUUCCAACAGUAUCCACGUUUGGUUCUUUUUUUUUAUAUUGGCAAGAAAAAGAGAAACGGAAAACGAUAACUAGUGGGAUUUUCGGGGGAUGCGCCACAUUCACAGCGGUCAUCUGUCUGAACUGAAGCAAAAAUUCUACAUAUUACAUUACGAGGGCAGUUUGUAACUGCUUUGACCGUCGUGUGUUACACAUCCAAUAAAUACUGUUAAUAUGGUAGAGGCCGUGGGAAUUCUGUCUGUCGGUUUUUGUGUUGCCAAGUAAAUUCCGAACCCAUAUAACUAAUGCAAUGUAUGAUUUUGCUUGAUUCAAUUUAUUUUGUUUUGGCGUUUUCUCUUGCCAUUGCCUUUCUUCCUCCUUCGUCUAAAGAAAAACAAAACAACAUUUCUCUCCCUUGCAACUAGCUGACUAUUUCUAAAUGACCCAAAUCUUACCUACUUAAGAUGCGUCAAAAUUAAUUUGCUUUAUUGAUGUCACCGUGAUCAUAAUGAUGUUGGGUGAACUAUCAAAAACGUUGUUAAAGUAUCGUAGUUAAUUAACUGCUGUACUAAAUUGUAAAAAUAUUAUUUUUAGUGUUUAAUGUGUUAAAAACGUUCAAACUAUGCUUUUUGUUUUAAAUUUGUUUGGCAACACCGACUGAGAAUUGAUAUUGAUAUUUUUUAUCAAUUUACCUAUAUACUUACUCGAUUUUUGGCAGAAAACUAUUCAGGUACUUUCUUUGGUAACACUUUUGUAAUUAAUGUUACCAUUCUCAAUAAAUUGUUGAUAGUAUCGUUAAAAAAAAAGGCGAAAACAAGCAAGCGGCAUUGUUUUUUGUAUUAUUACUGAACAAUUGAACAAAGUACCGAUUGUGGAAACAAACGCUAGUGCGCUCUCAGGUAACGCGUUCAGAGCUCGUAGCACCUACCAAGUCACGAUCUAGCUCCUUUGGAGUUUAUAUUCAUCUUAUUAAUAUUGUGUAUAAAAGAACGACGUGCUGUACAGUGUUGUUAGGUUAAAAACGUGGCUUCAAUGGCGGAUUAAACGCGAAAUUUAUCGAACAAAAUCUAAUCGCUCGAUUGUUUAAAAAAAAAAGCCAAAAACAAUUGCAGAUACGUUCGAGUGCUUGUUAAAAUUGUAAUUUUUCUCGCCGACUACUUGAAUUUGAAUAUAUUGUAUAUAUUAUACUGUUUCGAUUAAUUUUUUUUUUUUGAGGUGAUCGACAGUUCGUUCGAUAAUUUUCGCUGCGCUUUAAAUGCAUUUGUUGAUCUCUUUUUCCGUCAUGGCUGUCACUAUUGGAUAGCAUACAAAGUACAAAUCCUUUUUAAGUGUCCCGUUGAUAGGGGCGUGCGAAUAUUGUGACCCAAGACAAUGUUGUCGUGGUAAAUAAAAUUCAUCUUGGACGUUAGUUGGUUGUGUGGUUUUGUGUUAUUACAUUAGGGUUCUAUGUUUUGCAAAGAAAAUGCAAAAGUACAUUUUCGAAACGAAUAUCAAAAACUUCCCGUUUAGAAUAGAUGAUACUUUCUGAUUUGUCUUUUCAACUAUUUGACAGAACAAUUAUUAGAUGUUUAGUUUUUGUUUCGGGGUUGUCUUUUGUUUGACGUUCAAAAUUUUCGGUUGCAAUUUUUUUCUAUUUUCUAUUGCCUUGCAAAGGCGUGUUAAAACUACGAAUUUAUUCAUGAAAAUUUAUUGGUGCUAUAUUAGAGAUUUUAUCAAAAAAAAAAGAGAAUAUAUUAUAUACUUAUUAUUGAAUUUUUUGGAUCGCAAUGUUAGAUUGAGUAUUGAAGAUGAGUUUUAUUUACGAGU